AUUGUUAGCAUCGUCAAGGAAUUGAGCAAGUAAGAUGUCUUCACUACAAAAGCUUCCAUCGGAUACAGUACGUCUAGUAUCAAGCUCCCAGGUUAUUACUUCUAUAGUUAGCAUCGUUAAGGAAUUGGUAGAGAACUCAUUAGAUGCACAAAGUGACAACAUUGAAGUCAAAUUGGAAAAUCAUGGCUUUGAAAAGUUGAAAGUUCGAGACAAUGGGACUGGAAUUAAAGCAGAAGAUGCUGUGUACAUGGCACAGAGACACUACACCUCUAAGAUAUCCCAGCAUGGGGAUCUAGAAUCAUUAGAAACGUAUGGUUUCCGUGGUGAGGCUUUGGGCUCACUAUGUGCAAUGUCAGAUGUUACCAUAGUAACAAAGACAUCUGCAGAUGACUUUAGUCAUAUGUAUGUACUGGAUCAUGAAGGAUAUAUUAUAUCAUCGAAACCAUCUCAUCUUGGAAAUGGAACUACAGUAACUGCUACCCAAAUAUUCAAAAGUGUACCGGUGCGUAAGCAGUAUUACUCAAGCAUCAAGAGACGUAGGGAUGAACUCAAGAAAGUGGAGGAAUUAUUGAGGAGUUUUGGAGCAAUCUGUCCCAAUGUACGCCUUUCCCUCUACCAUAACAAAAGCAAUAUCUGGCAGAAGAAUAAAGUAGCCAAUCAUAAGGUGGCUUUAAUAAACAUGUGGGGUUCAAGUGUGAUGUCACAGAUGCAACAUGUUCAGCGAUUGGUUGAUGAGGAUGGAAAUGGUCAAAUCCAAGUUGAAGGCUUCUUACCUCGUCCAUUAGUCAACAGCCAAUCAGUGACAAGAGCAAUGCCAGACAGGUGUUGGAUUGCCAUUAAUAAUCGACCAAUCACCUUCAAGGAAAUUGAAAAGAUGGUGAAGCUAGCAUACUGCCAAGCAAUAAAGCAAGAAACUUCAUCCAUACGCUACCUGACAAUGUUUCUCAGCAUUACCGUUCCUUCACACUGUGUGGAUGUGAACCUGGAACCCAAUAAAACCAAAGUGAUGCUCCAGAAUAAGGAGGAUGUAUUUUCAGUUCUAUCAGGGUUACUUGAAGAAGUUUAUCCCAGUAAUCACCUUCCAGCAGUUGGGACUACAUCACUUCAACAAGAGGACAAUAUUGUAUGCAACACCAAAACAACAACCCAUCAUCCAAUGUUAUUAGAGGACAAUAUUGUAUGCAACACCAAAACAACAACCCAUCAUCCAAUGUUAUUGGAGGACAAUAUUGUAUGCAACACCAAAACAACAACCCAUCAUCCAAUGUUAUCGACGGACAACAUUGUAUGCAACACUAAAACAAAAAAUUCGCAUGAAAUGUUACUGGAAGACAAUACCAAAACAACAACCCAUCAUCCAAUGUUAUUGGAGGACACUAUUAUUCCCAAUCUCCAUGAUGACACAGUUACUGAGGAAAACCAUUCUGACAAUAAGGAAGAUGUACAUGAAGAUGGUAUAAGAACACCAGAGAUACGGAUUGAGUCACUGAUGGAGUCAUCACCUAUUCAAGACUCUAUCAUCGAAUCGUGUGAAGAUGUUCCUAAUGAAACUCAAGAUGAUUUGGGAAGUUCAGCUGGUUCGGGCAAAGAUGAAGCGUUUCAACUCAAUUUUAGUAUAUUUGAUGAGGAUUUUGAACUUGAUGACAACAUUGACAGUGUUCUUGUGAAUAGACCACAGGAACAUGAGAAUUGUUCAAUUGAGUCCAAUACCUCAGAGAUAGCAUCAGUUGAAGGCAGCCGUGGGUCAAUCUCAUUGGAUUGUAUGGAUGAUAACCCAUCAGUGAACAAAUCAUUGAGUCUUACUGACUGGAGUAAAGGAAGAGGACUAACAAACAAAGAUGGCAAAGUAAUACAACCUGCAACCUUACUUAUCCCUACAACAGCAAACAGAGAGAAACUUGUGACCAAUCACAAUGCACCCAAUCAACUAUCAGCCAAUCAGGAUGUUGGAAAAUCAGCUUCAUCCUUUCAGACUACAUUAGUCUGUGAACCACGUUUACAACCCCAAAGCAACAGCGGGGAUAGAGUCAGGUUACCUGACAGCAUCUCUCCUGGAGGCCAAAGUAUGACAUCAUAUUCCCCUUCAGCCAAUCAGAAGAGAAGCCCUGGCAAACGGAGACUCUCAUUGGAGAAGAAAGUUGGCAAAGGAAUCUUAUUUGAUCUGAUUGGCCAAUCAACUAUCAGAAGACCUCUCAGUCCAUUUGCGUUUUUCUCCAAAGAAAUGAGACCACAAGUGGUAAAGAAGAACCCCAAAGCUAACUUCAGUGAAAUCACGAAGACUGUGGAAGAUAAAUGGGAGGAGUUGGAUGAAGAGAUGAGAGAGAAAUAUGAAGAAAUGGGACGGAAAGACGAAGACAGGUAUCAAAAUCAGUUGAAGACAGCUCAGAAGAAACUCACUGCUGAUUCUGAAAGAACACAAGAUGACAUGCCAACAAGAAAGAAGAAAAAGACAUCACUGCCAUCUAAUCAGGGAUUAAUUGACAAGAUGCUGUUGUCACAGCAACAGAGGAUUUUAGCCAAUCAGCAAACAGCUUCUGAAACGUCUGACAUACCGACCAUAGAUGUAUUAUUCAGUUUGAUUGGUCUGGAAAGACUGAUAGAGACUCAGAAAGAAGCAAGAGCCCCGGAUGAAGGAUUUCACCUUAUUGGUCCAAUUGAAUCACAUGGUGUUUGGCUUGGUUGCCAAGGCAAUGAGCUGAGAGUGUUCAAUCAAUACAGAGUGGAGGAGACCCUUCUAUUUUACAGGCUGAUGGCCAAACAUGAGUUACCACGGCAACCAGAAGAUAUACCUAUCAUGCUUUCACCCGAGCUGCUUGGUGGUGAUAACAACUGGAAUAUGUUUCUUUCAAGUAGUCUAUCGAGUCACUCCAGGCCGCCAGAUCCUGCUAUUUAUUACACUGAUGAUCGACUGAUGGCCAAUGGUUUCCAGAUUAAACAGACGAUUGAUUCAGAUACAAAGGAGAUCAAACUUCAAGUAGUUGCCAUGACAAAGCUGAUAAACUAUUAUGGGAUAGAUGAUCUUAAGGAGAUACUAGAGUUAAUCAAAGUUGAACCACGUCUAGAGCUGGGUCAAUGUCGACCACUUAAAGUCACUAACUACCUCAAGGGAGAAGCAGUUCGCAUGGCACGUAGUCUACCAUCCAACAUGUCUGCUCAAGAUAUAAAAAACAUCCUGAAACGAAUGAAACAAUUACCAGAUCAUUGUCAGACAUGUCUACACAAUCUGCCCUUUGAACACCUCUUGUGUUUACUUCCAUAAUCUCAGGUUUAAUCUUCUAAAGCCUUUGUCUAGAGGCACAAUGUGACUGUUUUCAUAAUCAUG